CGGCCUCUCGUCCAGGCCGGGCCGCGGCUCCCGCCGCCCAGCGCAGCCCCGCCCGGCCCGGCCCCGCUGCCGAGCUGCGGCGGCCAGCGGCUACCUCGCCUCGGUUAGCAUCAGUCGGCGCGGCUCCCGGCCCGACCCGCGCCCCGGGGCCGGGGCCCCGCCGCCCCAGGCCCCUCCGCGCCCCGGCCCCGGUCCCCCGGGCCAUGAGGCCUCGGCCCCGCCGGCGCCCGCCGCGCAUUCGAGGAGAUGAGGCUCCGCAAUGGCACCUUCUUGACGCUGCUGCUCUUCUGCCUGUGCGCCUUCCUCUCGCUGUCCUGGUACGCGGCGCUCAGCGGCCAGAAAGGCGACGUGGUGGACAUCUACCAGCGAGAGUUCCUGGCGCUGCGGGACCGUCUGCACGCAGCUGAGCAGGAGAGCCUUAAGCGCUCCAAGGAGCUCAACCUGGUGCUGGAAGAGAUCAAGAGGGCUGUGUCUGAGAGGCAGGCCCUGCGGGAGGGUGACAGUAACCACACCUGGGGCCGCCUGACAGAGGACCCCCGGCUGAAGCCCUGGAACAUCUCACACAGGCACGUGUUACACCUGCCUACUGUCUUCCACCACCUGCCGCACCUGCUGGCCAAGGAGAGCAGUCUGCAGCCAGCGGUGCGUGUGGGCCAGGGCCGCACCGGAGUGUCGGUGGUCAUGGGCAUCCCGAGCGUCCGGCGCGAAGUACACUCGUACCUCACCGACACGUUGCACUCGCUCAUCUCGGAGCUGAGCCCACAGGAGAAGGAGGAUUCGGUCAUCGUGGUGCUGAUCGCCGAGACUGACCCUCAGUACACUUCAGCAGUGACAGAGAACAUCAAGGCCUUGUUCCCCACGGAGAUCCACUCGGGACUCUUGGAGGUCAUCUCCCCUUCCCCCCACUUCUACCCUGACUUCUCCCGCCUCCGUGAAUCCUUUGGAGACCCCAAGGAGAGAGUCAGGUGGAGGACCAAACAGAACCUCGACUACUGCUUCCUCAUGAUGUAUGCACAGUCCAAGGGAGUCUACUACGUGCAGCUGGAGGACGACAUUGUAGCCAAGCCGAACUAUCUGAGCACCAUGAAGAACUUCGCCUUGCAGCAGCCCUCUGAGGAUUGGAUGAUCCUGGAAUUCUCCCAGCUGGGUUUCAUCGGGAAGAUGUUCAAGUCACUGGACCUGAGCCUGAUCGUGGAGUUCACACUCAUGUUCUACCGGGACAAGCCCAUUGACUGGCUCCUGGACCAUAUUCUGUGGGUGAAGGUCUGCAACCCAGAGAAGGAUGCGAAGCACUGCGACCGGCAGAAGGCCAACCUGCGCAUCCGCUUCAAGCCAUCACUCUUCCAGCACGUGGGCACACACUCCUCGCUGGCCGGCAAGAUCCAGAAACUGAAGGACAAGGACUUCGGGAAGCAGGCGCUGCGGAAGGAGCACGUGAACCCGCCGGCUGAGGUGAGCACCAGCCUCAAGACAUACCAGCACUUCACCCUGGAGAAGGCCUACCUGCGUGAGGACUUCUUCUGGGCCUUCACGCCGGCUGCCGGGGACUUCAUCCGCUUCCGCUUCUUCCAGCCACUGCGCCUGGAGCGGUUCUUCUUCCGUAGCGGGAACAUCGAGCACCCAGAGGACAAGCUCUUCAACACUUCCGUGGAGGUGCUGCCCUUUGACAACCCCCAGUCCGACAAGGAGGCGCUGCAGGAGGGCCGCGUGGCCACUCUGCGCUACCCGAGGAGCCCUGAUGGCUACCUGCAGAUAGGCUCCUUCUACAAGGGCGUGGCCGAGGGCGAGGUGGACCCGGCCUUCGGGCCUCUGGAAGCGCUGCGCCUCUCCAUCCAGACCGACUCGCCCGUGUGGGUGAUUCUGAGUGAGAUCUUCCUGAAGAAGGCCGACUGAGCUGCAGGGCUUGGGAUGGAGGGAGCCCCGCAGCGGCCCGGCCGGUGUCCUCGCUGCGGCCCCCGGAGGGUCGGGUGCGGAUGCCCACUCAACGCCAACAGCACGGCUGCGCUGCUGGGCUGGCCUGGGGUCCGCCGCUGGCCCGGAGGCCCCAGGAGCUGGUGCUGCCCACCAGGCCGGGGGAGGCAGGGGGCCCCACACUGUGCCUGAGGGCCGGCCUAGCCGCCCAGAUCGUCCGCCGGGCCGCAGCAGAAGAGCUUCCCCUCGGGUGCCCGGUCUCCGGCGCGAACACUGGAAUGCAUAUACUACUUUAUGUGCUGUGUUUUUUAUUCUUGGAUACAUUUGAUUUUUUCACGUAAGUCCACAUAUACUUCUAUAAGAGCGUGACUUGUAAUAAAGGGUUAAUGAAG